GUCAGUCUUUCUCAACAGAUCUGGAGCCUUGUAGCGGAGCUUAGAGAGGAACGUCCAAUAGAGAAGUUCAUGAACAUGGUAAUGUUCUGAUAGUGUGGUUUUGACAGGAAGACUGACAACCCCCUUGUGUGUCUGUUAGUACAGAACCCAACACCCACACCGUUGCAUCGUGCAGUCAGGCAGGAUAACUGGACGGAGACUCUGACAUGUCUAUCUUUGUGAUACUGGGACUGCUGGUCUGCAUAGAGGCACAAGAGCCCAGAGCUGAGACUCCUGUGUUUGUGAAGAAGGGAGAGGACGUGUUUCUGAAUGUCACAAUAGCAGAUGUUACUGAUGAAGAUUUAAUUUUCUGGAGAUUCAAUAAAAGUGUUAAUUUAGUACGAUUUGAUGCUGCUGCAAAACCAACAAUCUUUAGUGAUUACUCUGGAAGGAUUGAGGUGCUUGAGAAAUACUCUGUGAAACUGAAGAAUCUACAAGAGGCAGACAGUGGAGUUUAUACUGCAGUACUGUCUGGGAUUACAGACAAACAAAUAACUGAAUACAAGAUCACAGUCCAAGAUCCAGUGUCUCCAGUUAUUCUGUCAGUGGACUCUGUGUCCAGCAGCUCAGUCUGGUGUAACCUGACAGUGAGCUGCAGAGCACAGGACUCUCACAUUAACAGCACCUUUAGAUGUGACACCCACACCUGCAGUCAGGAGGGAGGAGAGAGACCACAGGUCACACCCUCUGCUUCUGCUCUCCAUGUCUACCUGUCCAAUGGCUCCAUCAUCUGUAACCAUAGCAACCAGGUCAGCUGGACAAAGGACAUGAAAACAAUUAAAACUGUCUGCCAACAUGCAGGUCCAGAUAGUGACUCUGCUGGUAUCUCUGUGUGCCUGCUGAAGACAGCCGUGGUGUCCAUCAGUCUGAUCAUCACGUGGGUGCAAACAUUGUAAGAUUUAAAAAAUAAUUGUAAAAGAUCUGGGAAAAAAUGCAUUUCAACUCAUUUGUAAAGCUUACAUGAAUCUUUUAAUGCAAUUUUACAAGUGUAACUUCAUGUAAAUAUUAUUUCUUUCCAAGAAGACUCCACAGGGCACCUUUUUACGCAAAUACAAUGAUUCUUAAUUAUCUAUUGAUUAUACCUAAUAAUAACUGUGCUCACUGUGUAAAUAAAAUGAUUGUCCAGAGAUGUUCCAAAAUCCUUCAGGAGCAUGUUAUCUUCUUAACAAAAACAACAUUUAAUUCUCAUCAUUUAGAACAAAGAUACAAGAAAUAGCCUUCAUGUAACCCUGCAUGUUAUAACAAUGUUCUAACAAUAUGUACUGUAUGUGUUUGUGUUAUUAGUAUGUUAUUAUAUUUGUUCACCUUUGGGUGACUGCAGUUUCUGCUACAUGCACCAUUAUCUGAGAAUCAUUAAAGCUAUACUCAUAUUA